AUGGACCUGAACGGGAAGGUCGGACGCUGGUUUGCUGCCUCUGUGAUCGAACGGGAGGGUAAGCUGGUGCCGCUCAGCGCUCUAACGGAAUGGCGAUCACGAAACGGAAGAAGAAAUACAGAGUCCGAAAGUAGCAGCGGUGAUGUCAAGCAAACUACAAUCACCCUCGUCUCGCCUACCAGUGUCGAAGAUCAUCCAGAUCCCGUCAGGGAGGUCUGCUGGGACCUCGAUCAGCGAGGCUCCGUGGGAGAAAUGGUCGUGCACCUGUGUCUACUGGCAGCCUCUCGUAUUCACCUCGACCUCGCCAAGCGCAUUCUUCACAUCUACCCAAAACUCAUCAACGAUAUCUACGUGGGAGAGGAAUACUACGGAGAGAGCCUCUUGCACAUGGCUAUCAUGAACGAGGACCCGGUGAUGGUGAGGUACCUGCUAGACCACGGCGUCUGUCUGCACGAGAGAUGCUGCGGAAGCUUCUUCACUCCUAACGAGUGCAAGCAGCGACGCGGCAGGAUGUUUCAGCACGUACUGGAGAUUGAGCGGGAGAUCUACUGGAUCUACGGCAAGGUCACGUGCGCUUCUUACCCGCUCGAGUACAUAGACAGCAUAUCUCCUAGCGGGCAGAUCAACCGCCAGGCGGUGCUCGCGCUUAUCAUCUACGGGGAUAAACCGGAGCAUCUAGACAUGAUGGACGGAUUGCUGUCAGAACUGCUGCAACGCAAAUGGAACACGUUCGCAAAAUUCAGGUUCCUCAAGCAGAUGAUCAUCUUUGGCAUCUACUUUACGAUAUUCAUGCUGGCAUUCCUACUCAGGCCGGGUCCGCCCAUCACCAACUGCCCACUAGGUCGAACCACCGCUACUGAAUUGUCCGAUCCAGGCUCCCCCGCGUGGUGCAAGGAGGAACUAACACCUUCCGACGCGUCGUGGAAGCCGAGUCUUCGAAAUCCGUUGACCACUGUUGAUGUUAGCGUGCCAGCCAGCACCACGGAAUCAUACACACAAGCGCUCACCUUUGACAACCCGCCGAAAGGUCGUAAAGCAUCACUGACCAUUGACGAUGUUAGAACAUCUGCAGAAUCACAGACACAAGUAAACAUUGCUGACACUCCUAAGGUUCCUCACAAGUCACGACCAGAGCAACCAUUGACCACUGCUAACGCUGACCCACUAGCUCACCCAACACGACCAGAGCAACCACUGGCCACUGCUAACGCUGACCCACUAGCUCUCCUAACACGACCAGAGCAACCACUGACCACUGCUAACGCUGACCCACUAGCUCUCCCAGCACGGCCAGAGCAGCCACUGACCACUGCUAACGCUGUCCCACUAGCUCUACCAACACGGCCGGAGAUGUCACUAACCACCGUCGACAAUCGUGAACCGUCUUCUACGACUCAAUCUCACAACCCAGUGACCUCUGUCACCUGCGAGAUCAGCGACAAGUGUUACCUUCGCAUAACGACGAGCCCGGAAGACAUAGUGCGACUGCCGCUGGAACUUCUAACACUAGGAGGCGCUUGCUGCUACUUGCUCCUUGCAGGCCGGGAGAUUGGUUACCAGGGUCUGGCUUCAUUUCUCAGCACGCUAAUGACGACCCCGGCGCGCGCCAUCUUUCUCGUCUCGUGUGCUCUGAUCAUGUUCAUGGUGCCGGCCAGAAUCUUCUGCUGGUGCGAGAGCGAAUACAUCAUGGCGGUCCUCGCUGUGCUCACGACGGCGCCAUAUUGGUUAUUUUUCUGUCGGGGAUUCAAGAAAAUCGGUCCGUUCGUUGUCAUGAUUUACAAGAUGAUCAAAGGCGAUCUGCUAAGAUUCGUCACGAUCUACAUGAUCUUUCUCAUGGGAGCCUCGCAAGGUAUUCAUCCGUUUGAUAAACCGGAGCAUCUAGACAUGAUGGACGGAUUACUGUCAGAACUGCUGCAACGCAAAUGGAACACGUUCGCAAAAUUCAGGUUCCUCAAGCAGAUGAUCAUCUUUGGCAUCUACUUUACGAUAUUCAUGCUGGCAUUCCUACUCAGGCCUGGUCCGCCCAUCACCAACUGCCCACUAGGUCGAACCACCGCUACUGAAUUGUCCGAUCCAGGCUCCCCCGCGUGGUGCAAGGAGGAACUAACACCUUCCGACGCGUCGUGGAAGCCGAGUCCUCGAAAUCCGUUGACCACUGUUGAUGUUAGCGUGCCAGCCAGCACCACGGAAUCAUACACACAAGCGCUCACCUUUGACACCCCGCCGAAAGAUCCUAAAGCAUCACUGACCAUUGACGAUGUUAGAACAUCUGCAGAAUCACAGACACAAGUGAACAUUGCUGACACUCCUAAGGUUCCUCACAAGUCACGACCAGAGCAACCACUGACCACCGGUAACGCUGACCCAGUAGCUCUCCCAGCACGACCAGAGCAACCACUGACCACCGGUAACGCUGACCCAGUAGCUCUCCCAGCACGACCAGAGCAACCACUGACCACCGGUAACGCUGUCCUACUAGCUCUCUCAACACGGCCAGAGCAACCGCUGACCAGUGCUAACGCUGACCCACUAGCUCUCCCAGCACGACCGGAGCAACCACUGGCCACUGCUAACGCUGACCCACUAGCUCUCCCAACACAACCAGAGCAACCACUGACCACUGCUAACGCUGACCCACUAGCUCUCCCAACACAACCAGAGCAACCACUGACCACUGCUAACGCUGACCCACUAGCUCUCCCAACACGACCAGAGCAACCACUGACCACUGCUAACGCUGACCCACUAGCUCUCCCAGCACGACCAGAGCAACCACUGACCACUGCUAACGCUGUCCCAUUAGCUCUCCCAACACGACCAGAGCAACCACUGACCACUGCUAACGCUGACCCACUAGCUCUCCCAGCACGACCAGAGCAACCACUGACCACUGCUAACGCUGUCCCACUAGCUCUACCAACACGGCCGGAGAUGUCACUAACCACCGUCGACAAUCGUGAACCGUCUUCUACGACUCAAUCUCACAACCCAGUGACCUCUGUCACCUGCGAGAUCAGCGACAAGUGUUACCUUCGCAUAACGACGAGCCCGGAAGACAUAGUGCGACUGCCGCUGGAACUUCUAACACUAGGAGGCGCUUGCUGCUACUUGCUCCUUGCAGGCCGGGAGAUUGGUUACCAGGGUCUGGCUUCAUUUCUCAGCACGCUAAUGACGACCCCGGCGCGCGCCAUCUUUCUCGUCUCGUGUGCUCUGAUCAUGUUCAUGCUGCCGGCCAGAAUCUUCUGCUGGUGCGAGAGCGAAUACAUCAUGGCGGUCCUCGCUGUGCUCACGACGGCGCCAUAUUGGUUAUUUUUCUGUCGGGGAUUCAAGAAAAUCGGUCCGUUCGUUGUCAUGAUUUACAAGAUGAUCAAAGGCGAUCUGCUAAGAUUCGUCACGAUCUACAUGAUCUUUCUCAUGGGAGCCUCGCAAGCUAUGUUCGUCAUAUUCCGAGACUACACGACGGGAGAUAAGUUCGAGCCGUUUGGCACGCCGUUUGAGAGCAUGAUGGCGAUGUUCAUCAUGAACCUGGGAAACUUCGAUAACAUCUACGCUCACAUCACGCAGAACAGACACGCCAUACUGGGCCAGUGGGCAAAGAUCGUACUUGUGAUGGAGCAAUCUGUGAGUCCGCGAGAUAGGAUCGAAGGGCAGUUACACUACUCCCAGCCUUUCAACCCGUACGGUAAAGGAAAGAAGACCGGAGCGAGAGGCCUAGCUAUUAGCUGGUACCAGACGAGAAACAAGUUGUUCCGCAGCAAAGUUCUACCAAAGAAAUUCUGA